GGAGUGUCUUUUGCCCGGUGCGGUUCGUAGUUGCGGCGAAAGUUGCGUUCGGUCGCGAAACGAUUCCCAUUCGGAGGACGGUCCGUGGAGAGGACCUCAUAGACUGUUUUUUUUCGGAUUCUUUUUCUGUGAUUGCCCUCUGCUUGAUGGUGUGCUGCUCAAUAAAAAAACACGCUUUUUGCUGUGCCGAUUGUGGGUUGCGAGUGAGGGAGAGCCAAUUUUCUGAUGGAGAUUUUUUGUUGGCUGUGUUCUGAGUGGAGGAUUGGUUGAAAAGUGAGGAAUACUAAUAUGAAAUAGAUUGACGAAGGUGGAUGCUGGAAACGAUGGCAAGUGUUCUGCAGGCCUAAAUUUGGGUUAAUUAAUCGAAUGUUUUAUCAGUGAAAAAGUGAAAGAAUCGAUUUGUCAGUCCAAUAUUUUGGAGGGGUGGGACAGUGAAGAGGCGUGUUAUCGUCAUGUUUUACGCAUAAAAACGUAACAAAAUUCCCAGAAUAGGCAGUUUCUGCAUGAAAAAGUGCUUCUGCGUUCGGAUUAAAGUUGAAUUUCAUUCAUCGGAAGUUCAAAAAAUCAUAUUUCCAGAAGAAAAUUCAGAGUUCUUUGUUUGAUUCUAAAAGCAGAAAAAAAAGUAUCUGCCCCCUUUAUCUUCUCCAUCGGAUAUCGCUCGCAGAAGGAUGAAUUUUGGUCGUUCCGUAAGUGGCAAGCAACGAAUGUAGGAGAGAAUAACAAAAGGAAAAAGGAUUGCGUUGUGUUCAUUUCUGUCGCGCUGGUUGGGCUUUGGUUUGGGAUCGAUUUGCCUGAAUCAGCAGAGCCAAGAGUGAUUCCAGUCAGUGCAGCAACAUAAAAAGGUGCGUUCGACGGAUAGUGGAUAUUUCAAGGUCGAAGAAUAAUUCAAUCAUUCCCGCCGAAUCACGCUGCAGGCCUUCCGUCAUCCGUCGCGAUGGGAGUGCCCCGAAGUAGCAGGACCAGUACCAAAGUGAAGCCCUCUCCAAGCAGCCAUCCGACGACCACCGACAGCCAUAGCCAAAUUGCCAUCACAAGCAGCCAUCGAAAACGGCAUUCCUCCACCACAGACAUGAUCUCAUCGACGCGGCAAAACUGGCACAGCUCAGGGUCCCUGUGGACACUGGCGGCCUUCACAUUGCUCAUCGCCGUUUUUAGCAGUAGCCAAUCCAGUAGCGUACAAGCCGCGGAGUCCUUCAUCCUGAAGAUCCGCACGACUGAGUUUACCAACGUUAGUGAAACGCCAACCUUCCUCAGCUCAACGGCCUACAAUGCCCGCGGGAUGGCCCCGUUAUACAAUCUGACCAACCUGGUGAUCAAGCUGUUCGUCGACACGAACCCAGUGCCGGAGGGGUACCUCAUCGUCCGGGAAGGAACCAUCGACCUGGGACCAAAUGUGCAGGAAAACAACUGGGGACCGCUCCUGCGGGAGUAUUGGGCCGUGCUGUUGGUGACGAUAAUCUGCGUCCUGCUGAUCGCCCUGAUGCCCAUCAUUGGUCUGUGUCUGUGCUGUUGUCGGUGCUUUGGCGGAUGUGGUGGCCGCACACAACCCUUCGAUAAGAAACACGACACCUGCCGGCGGGUGCUUUUGGGAUUGAUGCUGAUUUGCACUACAUCAUCACUAGUGUUCGGCGUGGUAAUAGCCUACGCCACCAAUAGCUACAUGCAGCAAGGGGUGGAGAAUAUCACGACCUCGGCGAGGUACGGUGUCGACGAUACACGUGAAUUCCUGCAGUCCACGUCGCGGCAAAUCUCCCACCUACUGGACACCAACUAUCAGGAACUGAGCAGCCAGCUGAAGAAAACGUUGAACGAAGCGUCCGACAUCAUAAUCCAACGGUUGGAGGAGGAAUCCAAGGCGGAGAAGCUCAACACGCUGAACGAUUUUGUCGAACAACUGCCAGCCAUCAAGCUCAAUCUAGACCGGAUGACGCUACUGACACGGGAACUGCGGGUCAAUGCCUCCCAGCUUAACGAUGGAUUACGUGGCGUCAAGCGUGAACUGCUGAGCUCUUUGACCAAGUGUGGCACCCAGGAGUGUAUCAACGUGAUGGAGGACUACAAAAUCGGCCGCUUGGACACCAAUGGAAUCGAUUACAAUUCGAUACAAGACAGAUAUUUCCCACGGCUUCCGGACCUCAGCGAGAUCACCAACAACGUCCAGGAGCUGGUCUCUGACAACAUCGCCGACACCGUCCAGAAUGGUGUCCGAGAGCUGGAAAGUCUGAAGCAAAACCUGAAGGAAACGGUUCGCAGCCGGAUCCCGCAAGUCACUGCCGCUGCCGACAGUACCGGACGUGCCAUCAAAUCCGCUUCCGAUGAGCUUACCUCCAAGUUGAACAACGUCAACGACCUGAUCGGAAACAACACGAUCCGGCACCUGAACACGGCCGAUGGCUACAUUGCACAGUACAGCAUCUAUCGGUACUACGCCGGAUUGGCGGUUAGUUCGAUUUUGCUGCUGAUAUUGAUGUGUCUGAUUUGCGGAUUGCUGUGCGGAAUCUGCGGUAAACGCCCGGACGGGUAUGGGGACGAUUGUUGCAAUAAGGGGGCUGGAGGACGAUUCUUGAUGUUUGGCGUUUUCAUAAUCUUUCUCACCUUUUCGGUGAUGUUGGCCAUAACGUUGGUGUCCUUCCUAGCGGGAAGUCUUUUCCGACGAAGCGUCUGUGAUUCCUUGAAGCAGCCUCACGACAGCCAAAUGAUUGACUAUAUUGACACGUACUUCAACCUGAACAAACACUACGAACGGAUAGGAACUCAGAGCGCACGAUCCAAGUGGAAGCAGCAGGCAACGAAUCGCAAGGUCGAUCCAAUUCGGAUCGCUGACGUAAUUGAGUCCUGUCGUGGUAACAACUCGAUAUAUCAGGUGCUGAAACUGUCCAACUUCUACGACAUCCAAGAAAUUCGGCAGUUCCCCGAAGAGUACGGUAUCACGCGGGAGCUGGAGCGGCUCAAGAAUGAAAUAAAGGUUCCAACUGUGCAAAUUCUAGAUGAUCAAGCAAAGAAGAAUAUCGGCAUCUUGCGGGAUUCUCGUUUGAAUGAUUUCGUAGCUUACAAGUUUGUUGAAAAUUUGACUAGCAACAUUACACAAAACAAUCUCAACGACAUUGCCAACGAGCUACGCAAGGUUGCCAAUAAAGUACCGCCGGGCAAGGAUAUGAACGAGAUCAAGGUCAACUUGAAGAAUCAGGCCCUGCAUCUGUCUUCUUAUCAGUACAAUCUAGUCGAACCGAUGCUUCGAUAUACCAGUGAACUCGUUAAUCUAUCGACCACGCUGGACCAUAGUCUGAAAUUCGGUCGCGAAUCCUUCGCAUUGGCUAUCGAUGAGUUCUUGACCGAGAUUCAAGCAGCGGAAGCGUACAUCAACGUACAGGGACAAGAGUUCGUAGUAGCGGUGACCAGUGAACUGACAGACGGUUUCCUAGAACAGAUACACGGUUAUCUGAACUUGGUAAUCGAAUCCACCAGCAGGCACAUUGGCCGUUGCGGACCUCUAUCCAACGUGUACGAAUCAAUGCAGGUGGCCACUUGCAAUAGAAUUGUGGAUCCAUUCAACGGAUUCUGGGCCGGAGUUGGAUGGUGCCUGGCCAUCUUCCUGCCAACAAUCGUACUGUGCGUGAAGUUAUCCACGCUGUACUCGAAGUCUGAUCCCUAUCCCGGACCGCUGGUCGAAUCGGAAUAUCUGUAUGACGCAUACAGUGAGAGGGACAACAUCCCGCUAGCGAGUGGGCCAAAAAACAAGCGUCGCAAGAAGAACGACCGCCGCAGGGAGUCCCGUGACCGCCGUGAUGUGUAUUACGAGGAUGGAAGCCCUUCCGGGGGACACAGCCGGGAACCCAGAUAUAAUGACAUGGCGCCAAAUCUAGUGCCUCAAAUUCCGUCAAUACUAACCAAUAGCAGUAGUCAUGAACGUGAUCUUUUCGGGGACAUUCCGGAGUCGCCCUCUAAAGCGACGGCAAGUCCACCGCCAUCGCCGAACCGAUUACUGAGCCGACUCUUCCAACGCUCAAUGUUCGAAGACUUCCAGAGAGUCGGCAGUCGUCCAAGUGGUGGCGCUGAUGACACCGGCUGUGGCUGGGAAGUCAAUGUUAGUCGUAGCAAUAGCAGUGUUGGUUCCAUCCGGUCAAUGGGAAUCUUGGCCAGCAGAACGCCUUCCCCACUGGAUUACCGAACGGUUUCGUUCCGAAGGCCACGAUCGCUGAUGGACGACAUCGACAAAUCAAAACGAACGCGCUCGUCUUCCCGGACCGACAGCGGAUUCGAGCGAUACUAGCUACACACCUGUGUGACUUAAUGGCUGUGAUAGAUUACCGAUAAUAAGCAAUCAUAAUCCAAAUACCUCCACCAAGUCAUCAACUAACAGGAAUUGGGACGGCGCUCCACCACGCUAUCAAAAUCCACCGAUGGCACCCCCGGCGACUGAAUACGAACGCCCACCUCCGUACUAUUAUCCGGGUGCUCCCAGCGAACAUGAGUAAUCUCCUCCCGUUCGCAACACAUGAUACUGAUAUUAGCCUCGUAAAAUGCGAUCCAGAUCAUCACCAGGGCAAACUAUUUUCGUAUGAAACUCUAGGAAGUAGGAACUGGUAGUGAAGGGUUGAGCUUCAUUCGACGGGAUUUUGUACUAGAAAGCUGAUACAGCGAUUUGUAACAAGGCGAGGAAAAGUAAUCCAUCGCCAAAUCGCGUAGGGAAGUGUAAAUAAUUAUUACUUUUUUUUCCUAGUUUUUUGUUCGUAAGAUCAUUUGAAGUUUCCUCUUAUUCCAAUCACUAAUUCAGUUUUGAUUAGACGUCCCAUUGAAGAAAACUUGAGUUCUGUUUUCUUUUUCGAUAGUUAAAUAUUGAACGUAAUUCCAUUCCAAAAUCCACACUUUGCUCAAAUUAAUUAUCAAAACAUAAAUCGUCAAGGCCUUUUACCCUUUUGUCCCUUUCUACUCAGCUAUUUUCACUCAGUGUAAGGACACAGACGAGAUUAUAUUUCGUGGGAACAUACAACCAAAUAAACGGAUUCCCAGUAAAUUGAAUUUAACCAAACUGCCAUUUUUAGUCUUAUAGUCCUAGUGUGUGCCCCACUAAAAGAAGUCCCAAGUGAAAGCCUCAGUUUUCUUUUUCUCUUGGAACCACACGGAAUUUUAUUAUCGGACGUCGGACACACUUUUGUCGAGGGGUAAAUAACUGCUACCAAAACUGAUGUUUUCUGUAACUUUCAAUGCUCCUAGUACUGCUGCUAUUAAUAGUAAAACAAGAAGCUACAACAUCUACUGAAUUAGUCGUAUUUUUGCCGAGAACCAACUGUAAAAUUAAUCAAAUCUUUUGAUAGUAACAAAUCAACAAAGUAUAUAGAUGAAAGGCUGAUUAAUUCUUAAACGAUAAAAGAUUAUAACAGAAAAAAAAAACAAUUUGAAGGAAAACUGGGAAGGAAACAAAUGACGACGGUUUUUAGGAUGAAUUAUUUAGGUUGAUUCAACGCAAAGUAGAACGGCAGGAGAUAAUAGUGAUAAUUUUCUUAUAAUUAAGAAUUGUUUCGUAUCAGUUAUGAAAAUUGUGAUUACGUUUAGUUGAAGUUUUUUUUCUGGGUGAGCAUAUUUUAUGAGCAUUAUGUUAGGAAUCUCUCCGUGUAGUUUUUUUUGUUUAUUUUGUAGAAGAACGUCACAGAUAUUUUUACAUUGUGGUGCGAAGAAUGGGUUUGGCUCGACAAUUGCAAUGAUGCUAGAUUUGAUAUCAGCUGAAAAUUGUUUUUUCCUGUGUGAUCACUACUUCUUCGUGCCACUUUACAAUUUGAAAGCAGUUCGUGAUUAAGUAAACUCAAUAAACCAUUUGAAGUAGAGCAAUUUUCACAAUUGAUGAUUAAGGGGAAUAGGAAUACAAAAACAAUGAUUCAGUACGCAAGAUUUAAACGGAAAACAAUAAACAAAAAUUCAAACAGACAUUCACACACACUCAUUAGCAACAGUACUAUUUGAUAUUUGCAAAUCAUGUAGACGAUUCGCCAUCGCAGGAAGACAUGAUGAGGUGUCUCAUCGUGAAAAACCAGUUCCAUUUGCUCAUCGAACGUGGUUUUACGUUUUAACGAAGUGGGCAAGUUGCAUUUAGUUUUUACUUUAUAUUCUAGUAGUAGGUAAUUGGCCAACCUUUCCCUCGGUAUAAACAUUGGGAGAACGACAAAAACAAAAGAAAACAAUGGCUGCCGUUUAUAUUUUUACGGCUAGAGAUAAAAAAGCUAACGUCAUUUUAUGAAAAAUUGUUCAAAAGCAUACCUUACAAUUGAUAAAAGACUUUACAUUACUUUCACUGUGUAACUAUAUCAAUGUGAAUACAUUUUAAAAUGAAAAAAAAGAGUAACAACCAAAACCAGUUUAGUAACUCUUCACAGGAUCAUCCUUUUAGAUGUUCUCAAAUACACAUUCAGUAACAAGAAAAAAAAAAGCAAAACAGAUAUCACAUACACGAAAUUCGAUAUACAAUUGUAAUACGUGUCUUUGGUCGCCGCCAUGGAAGCAGAUCACAAAUGAUUGGAUUACCUACUAAGAUUUAAACGUGAUCGUACCGAAUAAAUAAAAGUGCUAAAUAAUCCGA